UCCCGGGCUGGAGUCGCCCAGGAAUUCUUCAAGUCAAAACUAAUUGUAGAGUUUCCAGUGGACCAGCAUUCAUAGGAAUGAAGACGAACUCAGAGAUGGUGUGUCUAAGAAACUUCAAAAGGUGUAGACCUCCUGAUUGAAGUCUAGCUGAUUGAUUUGCUUCAUUUCCUUUCCAUAAUAUUGGGUAUUCGCACAAGAGAAAGUCAUGAUCACACUCACAGAGUUGAAAUGUCUGGCGGAUGCCCAGUCGUCUUACCACAUCCUAAAGCCGUGGUGGGAUGUCUUCUGGUAUUACAUCACUCUCAUCAUGCUGCUGGUGGCCGUGCUGGCUGGAGCACUCCAGCUCACACAGAGCAGAGUUCUGUGCUGUCUUCCAUGCAAAGUGGAAUUCGACAAUCACUGUGCCGUGCCUUGGGACAUCCUGAAAGCCAGCGUGAAUACUUCCUCUAAUUCCGGGGUGCCCCUUCCUCUCCCCCUCCGAAUCCAGAAUGACCUCCACCGACAGCAGUACUCUUACAUCGAUGCUGUGUGCUAUGAGAGACAGCUCCAUUGGUUUGCCAAGUUUUUCCCCUACCUGGUGCUCUUGCACACUCUUAUCUUCGCAGCCUGCAGCAACUUUUGGCUUCACUACCCCAGUACCAGUUCCCGAUUGGAGCAUUUCGUGGCCAUCCUUCACAAGUGCUUCGAUUCUCCGUGGACCACCCGCGCCCUUUCUGAAACUGUGGCUGAACAGUCUGUGAGGCCCCUGAAGCCCUCCAAGUCCAAAACCAUGCUUUCCACCUCAGGGUGUUCUGCGGACAUUGACUGCAGCAAGCAGUCCUUGCCCUACCCGCAGCCAGGCCUGGAGACGGCCAGCUCUAUAGAAAGCCCAACUUCCAGCGUCCUGGACAAGAAGGAGGGCGAACAGGCCAAAGCCAUCUUUGAAAAAGUGAAGAGAUUCCGUAUGCAUGUGGAACAGAAGGACAUCAUCUACCGGGUGUAUCUGAAGCAGAUUAUAGUCAAAGUCAUUUUGUUUCUCCUGAUUAUAACUUACGUCCCAUACUUUUUAACCUACAUCACUCUGGAAAUUGACUGCUCAAUUGAUGUUCAGGCUUUUACAGGAUACAAGCGCUACCAGUGUGUGUACUCCUUGGCAGAAAUAUUUAAGGUCUUGGCUUCCUUUUACGUAAUUUUGGUCAUACUUUAUGGUCUCACCUCAUCCUAUAGCUUGUGGUGGAUGCUCAGGAGUUCUUUGAAGCAAUAUUCCUUUGAGGCCCUAAGAGAAAAGAGCAACUACAGUGAUAUCCCAGAUGUCAAGAAUGACUUUGCCUUCAUCCUUCACCUGGCCGAUCAGUAUGACCCUCUUUAUUCCAAGCGCUUCUCCAUCUUCUUGUCAGAGGUGAGCGAGAACAAACUCAAACAGAUCAACCUCAACAAUGAAUGGACAGUUGAGAAACUGAAAAGCAAGCUUGUGAAAAACGCCCAGGAUAAGAUUGAGCUGCAUCUCUUUAUGCUCCAUGGUCUUCCAGACAACGUCUUCGAGUUAACGGAAAUGGAAGUGCUCAGCCUGGAGCUCAUCCCUGAGGUCAAGCUGCCCUCCGCCGUCUCCCAGCUCGUCAACCUCAAGGAACUCCAUGUGUACCAUUCAUCUCUGGUGGUAGACCACCCGGCCCUGGCCUUUCUGGAGGAGAAUUUAAAAAUCCUCCGCCUGAAAUUUACAGAAAUGGGGAAGAUCCCACGUUGGGUAUUUCACCUGAAGAAUCUCAAGGAACUUUAUCUGUCAGGCUGUGUUCUCCCUGAGCAGUUGAGUACCAUGCAACUGGAGGGCUUCCAAGACUUAAAAAACCUGAGGACCCUUUACUUGAAGAGCAGCCUGUCACGCAUCCCCCAGGUGGUGACAGACCUCCUGCCGUCCCUGCAGAAACUGUCCCUCGACAAUGAGGGAAGCAAACUGGUGGUGUUGAACAACUUGAAAAAGAUGGUCAAUCUGAAAAGUCUCGAACUCAUCAGCUGUGACCUGGAACGUAUCCCACACUCCAUUUUCAGCCUGAACAACUUGCAUGAGUUAGACCUAAAGGAAAAUAACCUGAAGACGGUGGAAGAGAUCAUUAGCUUUCAGCAUCUUCAGAAUCUUGCCUGCUUAAAGUUGUGGCACAACAACAUUGCUUAUAUUCCUGCCCAGAUUGGGGCGUUAUCUAAUCUGGAGCAGCUCUCUUUGGAUCAUAAUAAUAUCGAGAACCUGCCCUUGCAGCUUUUUCUAUGCACCAAACUGCAUUAUUUGGAUCUAAGCUAUAAUCACUUGACCUUCAUUCCAGAAGAAAUCCAGUAUCUGAGCAAUUUGCAGUACUUUGCCAUAACAAACAACAAUAUUGAAUUGCUACCAGAUGGUCUGUUUCAGUGCAAGAAGCUGCAGAGUCUACUUUUGGGGAGAAAUAGCCUUACGGAUUUGUCCCCUCGCGUGGGUGAGCUGUCCAGCCUCACCCACCUGGAGCUCAUUGGUAAUUACCUGGAGACGCUGCCUGCAGAGCUGGAAGGCUGUCAGUCUCUGAAGCGAAGCUGCCUGAUAGUGGAGGACAGUUUGCUCAACACACUGCCUCUCCCGGUGACAGAGCGUUUGCAGACCUGCUUAGACAAAUGUUGACCGAAUCAGAGACCUAUGUCACAAAAGCAUUUUUUUUUUUGAAGUACACCCCCUCCAGGGUUUUGAAGGAGAGCAAAACGUCCUAAGUUAUAUAGGUGAAAGCUAAGUGCUGGUUAUAAGGCACCAUUCCAAUUAUCUUCCUGAAGCAACUCAGUGUUCAGAUCUAAGUCAAACAGGUAAAAAGUGUCCACACUGAACUGGAAUUCUGUGAGUAAUUGAUAUUUAACGUAUUCAGGGGUUGGAAGAACUAUACCCAUGGAGGGUAGAUUGAGGGGCAUGAAAUGACUGAAUCUUACAGUUUUUAUCUGUAGGGUUAUUAAGGUUUCUUUCUUCUUCCUUUCCCCAUUUUUAAUUUGCACAAUUGCUUGAACUGAUUUAAUUUAAAAAGCUAUUCAUCACCAAGCCCAUCAAUUUCCUCAAUGUGUACCUACCACUGUCUUUGAUUUAUGUUCUCAACAUUUUUUUUUUAAAGCAGGAUAUAUUGUAUUUGGCAGAAUUUCUUUUGGGGCUUAAUUUUUACCUCCUUUCCCAGCUUAUGUUUUUUCUUAAUCUGGUUGUCUCUGAACAAUGAUGGGAGAGAGAAUGCCUGCAAAAUUUUAGCCUUUGCCUAGGGCAGGAACCAGGGUACUUAGACAUGUUGUCUGCCAGGCAGCCUAAAAAAAAAAAAAAAAGUAAUAUAUUCUAGAAAUUUCUACAUCCUAAAAAAUUAAUUUAUUCUAGAAAUUUCUACUUGUCUAUCAUCAAAGCCUUUUUUAUUUAAAAUUUUUUAUAUGAACUAUAAAACACAUAUUUUCUAUUGUAUGAUCUUGGAUUCCACAUCUAUGGGAAUGAUUUUUGUAAGAUACCAGGAGCAUAAUGCAUUUGUUUAAGAAGUUAAGGGUAUUUGAUUUGGAUUGUUUAUAAUUCUCAAGUUUCUACUCCAAAAUGGUUGGUUCUCUACUGUGCAUCUAAUUAUGUUGAAUUACAAAAAGGCUUUUGUGCUCAAAAAUAUUUGAGGGUUUCCUUGUAAGAGGAUGGCCAUAAUCUCCACCUCUCUCUUCCCUAUUCUCUGUGCAGUGGUACAGGUACAAUUCUUAAUUACUUGCAAAGAACAAAACUGUGAUGGAGGGGAAAGAGAUGGAGAUUUCCAUGUUCAAACUUAUUUGAAAGUAUUUUGUAGAAGUUCAGUGAAGCAUUAAAACAAAAUGCUUUUCCCCCUUCAUCUGCAUUUCUCCAGACAUUAUGAUACACACUUCGUAUCUAGUCAGUUUCUAA